AUGACCAUCGUCAUUUUCCCAGCCGUUUUAGCCUCCAUGCUCCUCCUCCUCCUUCUCGCCACCGCUGCACCAUCGCCAGCAUCACCACCUGGCUGCAGCGACGAGCUCGUGGCCUUCUCUCCGUGCCUCGGCUACGUCUCGGCACCGCCAAACAAAGUCACAGACACGGAAACUGCUCAGUGCUGCGAUGCCUUCUCCAAGGCAUUCAACUCCGGUGACGGGUCACCAGCACUGCCCCCUCUCCGCGGCACAAUAACUUCAAUGCCACCAGAUUCUGGUCCUCGUGAUCUUGUAUCAGCUCCAAGUUUGCCACCAGAAUCUAUUGAUGGAUCCCCCACAAGCCCAGUUUCACCUCUAUCAACAGCAUCGCAUUCAUCAGCAGAGAAACACAACAGCGAUAGGUGGCUUCUACCUGGAGUCCUUUCCAUCCACGACUCCAGGGAUAUCCUAAGUCCUAUAACUUUAGGUGGACUCCUUGACUCCUGA